AAAAUCUAAACAAGUAAACCCCACCAGAAAUAGUUACUAAACAUUUUUGUUUUCAACAAUUCUUAGUGAGUUUAAUUUUUUUUAACUUUUAUGAUAAAACACAAUUACUUACAACUGAGUGUACUGAUGACUUCUUCUACAUAUUUGAAAUGAUUUAGAAGCCGCAUGAAUUAACCAACUAGACACUAAUGUAACCAAAUUAAUAAGACACAAUCUAGGUUGCAAACAUGCGGACCAUUCCUAAAACAAAAUUGAAGCAAAUCUUUCAACAUUUAGUGUCGCGUAUUCUUGUUCAGGAUAGUUGCAACUUGCAAGGAUCUACAAUGCACCGACAAAGGAUGGUGUCGUAUUAAUUUUGUGUGGGAUAGUUUGAGUAAGGUAUAAUUAUAUUGAAACGCACAUAUAUAUAUAUAUAUAUAAAUUUAUGUAUGUACAUACAUAUUGGUUAAAUUUUAAAAUUUCAAAAGCAUUUUGUUCAAAAUUAAUUACACUUACAAAACUUAUAUACUAAUUUGAUUCAACUUGGUUCUGAAUGCUGUUUAUUUGCUUUAACUAUACUAAUCACGUACUACUAAAUACACUAGCCACAUUCUUCAAAUGUUACUCAUCACGUGAUCCAUUUCAAAUAACUUUCCAUUCUAGUUUCAAACUCAAAACAUUUGUUCUCAAACAUAUAGAAGUUAGAACUUAGAAUUUACAAAAUUAUUGAAAGUAUUUAUUAAGAAGAUUGAGAAAUGGUCCCAUACUCUGGUAUUUGCAUGUUUAUCUGAAAAUUCAGUAAAGUCUUCGGUUUGGGUUUGAUGUGUCCCACUCGUUGCCUUUGACCAAAAGUAACCUAUUAUUACAUUUAGCUUAAUAAAAAAAAUACUAGCCACAAUAGGUGUUUUCGUUAAUUAAUUUAUUAUUAUAAUUGACACAGCAAAAUCGUCAAAAAGAAACAUUUCAUAUGUUUUACACUAAAAAAAAAGAAACAUUUCAUAAUUAUUUAGAGAGCUCCCAAAUAUACCCUUUAUUUUCAUUUUUAUUUAAAUACCAUAUCACCUAGAUUUAUUCCCUUUUUAAGUGGUGGAAUUGUAUAACCUAACUUUUUGAACCACAAACUGUAUAACCUAACUAAACACAAGCCAUAUCUGUCCUCCUCCCCAAUUGGAAUCUUAGUAUUUAUACGCGUAUACACAUAUCCACGUAUCUGUUUACAUGUGAAUACGUAACAUAUAGAGCACAUGUGCUAUGUGUAUAUAACAUAUACUAUAACGAAAGAGAAAGGACACAUAAACAAUGCAUACGUCCCAAUGUAUGCUUGAGAGUUUUAAAGCUUUUUAUACUCUUUUUUUUUUUUGGGUAUUUGCAAAAAGAUUGAGACUCCACAUCGAAAUGCCUUUUAUUUUAUUUACAUCUUUAUAGAUUCUUGAGCAUCUAAACAUAUCAUAUCAUAUAUAUAUAUACAAACGCAACCAUUUAUCCACAUUACGUGCAUCUAUUAUUCCCAUGUACCAAUGCAUCGAUUUGACUAUAUGCCAAAUAGAAAAUUAAAACAAACAUGUUCCUUUGAAGACAAAAAUCCUCAACCAAGUGCCUCGAAUCCAUUACCAUUUCCAUUUCAUACACAUGGAAUUUUAUUUAAAAAAUGCAUGGAAAAUUUAAUAGUGAAACAUUAUGCUAUGUAUUGUUUAUUUAUUUGUUUUUGGUUGAUAAAUUUGUGUAUUUAACUUUCUAAAACUAUUUAAGUCUUUCUCUCUCUCACUGUAUAAAAAUACUUGUCUUUCCUAAAGCAAAGAAGCAAAGAAUCGUGUUCUCUUACACAUCCAGUCUUUUUGCAUUUUUAUUGCAAGGAUCAUUUCUUUCCUUAGCUUCGACAUCAGCUCCAUCUUAUUCAUCUUUAUUCACUCUCUUUCUUUCUUUUUCUUUAUUAAAACAUUUUUCUUUCAAAUCUGAUCAGCUAGAUUCUUUACUAAUGGUUUUCUUCAUCUUUAUGUGCAAUAACACAUGCUUUUAAAGCUUCGAAUCUCUCCCUUUGCUUCAUCAACUAUCUUUAACCACCUCGUGACUCAAGAUUUUCAAAUUCCCCUACAUAUUGUUCUAAAUAUAAUCCACACUUUCUUUAGUCUUUACUCUGUUUUUGUUUCUUCUCAACAUUACAACAAAAUGGCUUCAUCAUCAUCAUCAUCAUUAUUAUCAUCACCAUCUUCAUAUGCAGAGUUAAAAGAUGCUUGGCAUCCAUCAACAACAAUAGUGGACACAACAGCAUCAAGCUACUGGUUUAACUGGAGGGUUAUGAUCUGCUGCAUAUGGAUGGCAAUAGCGAUGGUUAUUACCGCUUUUCUUAUAUUCAAAUACGAAGGUUUUCGCCGAAAAAGAAGUGGACAAGGAGGAGAGAAAGAGUGGUCGGGUAAUGUAUAUGAAGAUGAGACUUGGAGGCCUUGUCUCCGUAAUAUUCACCCAGCUUGGCUUCUUGCUUUUCGAGCUGUUGCCUUCUUCGUUCUUCUCAUUAUGCUUAUUGUUAUUGGCCUUGUUGAUGGACCUACCAUCUUCUUCUACUAUACACAGUGGACUUUUGCUUUGAUUACUCUCUAUUUUGGACUAGGCUCACUUCUUUCACUGCAUGGAUGUUACCAAUACAACAAAAGAGUGGCUGGUGACAGAGUAGAUAGCAUUGAUGCUAUAGAAUCAGAACGAGCAAGAUCCAAAGACUCUGAUCAUACUCUUCAACAGACUCAAUACUCUAGUAAUUCAGCUGGUUUUUGGGGGUAUGUUUUCCAAAUAAUAUUUCAGAUGAAUGCAGGUGCAGUUUUGCUCACUGACUGCGUCUUCUGGUUCAUCAUUGUUCCUUUCCUUGAGAUUCAUGACUAUAGCCUUAAUGUUCUGGUGAUCAGCAUGCACUCUCUCAAUGCCAUUUUCUUGCUUGGUGAUGCUGCUUUGAACUCUUUGAGCUUUCCAUGCUUCAGAAUUGCUUACUUCUUCUUAUGGACAAUAGCUUAUGUUUUAUUCCAAUGGACACUCCACUCGUUAGUCCAUAUAUGGUGGCCUUACCCAUUCCUGGACUUAGCAUCCCACUAUGCUCCACUAUGGUACUUCUCAGUUGCAGUGAUGCACUUGCCAUGCUAUGGAGCCUUUACCUUGUUGGUGAAGCUAAAACAUCGGCUUCUUCAGAGAUGGUUCCCUGAGUCUUACCAGAGUCCUCGGUAGUAACUUGCAUGGAAAGCAACCAUGUUUGAGUGAAAGACUAAUUUAAGUAGAUGUUUUUUUUUUUGAGAAUACAAAAGGAAACAAAAAAAAAUGAAGUGUGUAGCAACAAACUCAUGCUUAUAAAUAUGAUUUAAUUAUUUGGUCUUAUCAAAUAAGAGGUUGCUUGAAAGA